UUAGUGCAUUAACGCGGAGCGGAUUCAAAAGAAAGAAAAUUCAAUUAAUUCUUCAGUUUUUUUUUCCCCUUUUAAUAUCCAAGACUCAAAAGUUUAAGUUUUAGCAACUACAAGUCUACAAGAAGAAGUGUUAUUGUGGGAGUAGCUUCUCUGUUAUCUUGCAUUUUUUUUGGCUAAAAAAAAACUGAAACCCCUCGUGUCCUUUCCUUGUAUCUCGCUUCUUUCUCAUUCUUUCUGUCUCUUUUCUUCAUAUUUAGUAUAUUAUUACCUGUUACUUUUAUUUUUUUCUUACAUUGAUAGAUAAAUAGAUAUAGCUCAUUUUGACUGCUUUUGUCUGCAUCGGAUCUGGGGUUUUCUCGCUUUCUCUUCAAGAUUUUGAGGACUGAAGCGAAGGCUCUAGUUUUUGGUCCAUUACUGCAUUUGGGACGUGGCUAAUUUUUUAUUUCAUUAAUCAAAAUGCAGGGUUUUGAUAGUUUUUGUGAUUAAUUUUUAGAUUGGCAUUCUGGAUUUCUGAAGAAGGAGAUAAAGGUUGAGACUUUAUUAGUGAAAGGGCAACACUGGCGUGAAAGGCAAGUAGUUUGCCAUUGUUGGAGACUUCGCAUGUCUUCAUUUGCCAGUUGUAACUGGAAAGUUUUGUUUACUUGAUGAAGUUGGGUAUCUUUAUUGCCAUUGCUCGCCGUGCUUUAUAAUUUAUUGUGUAAAUAGGUCAAUUUCCUAUAAUGGGUUGACUUUGAGGGUUGAUUUCUUUUAGUGGCCUUGGUCUUGUGAAUCUAUUUAGGGCUUUAAUUGUUUGGAGUCUGAGGAGAAAACAAAGAGAUCGGACUGGCUUUGUUUACUGGACAUGGACCAUAUAGCUCCAAGAGAUAGAGAUUUCGAGGUUGAUCUUGAAAGUGGGGUGAGAAAUAUUGUAGAAGAUUUAAAUAAAGAUGCAAGUUUGGGAGUAAAAGCACCAACAAAGUCGCUGCUCGUUAAGGUUUGUGGGGCAUUUUCUGAUGGAAAAGCCAAUGGUGAAGAGAGGGUAAAUUUGUGUGGAAAUGUGUCAAAUCCUGGUGGUGGUUCUGCAGACCAUGCGAAGUUGGAGGGAGAAAUGUCUGUUGAUCAAGUAGAAAAGAAAAUAGUAGAGGAGAAGCGUAAAAAGACAAGCAAUAAAAAGCCUCCCAGGCCUCCACGAGGUCCGUCAUUGGAUGCUGCUGACCAGAAGCUGAUCAAGGAGAUUUCUGAACUAGCCAUGUUGAAGCGUGCAAGGAUUGAGCGAAUGAAGGCCUUGAAGAAAGUGAAAGCCACAAAGGCAUCAUCAAAUAGCAAUCUAUUUGCCAUGGUGUUCACCAUUCUAUUCUGCCUAGUGAUUCUCUUUCAAGGAAUGUCAUCCAGAGCUACAUCUACAAACUCACUGGGUUCUCCUUUGUCGUCAGAGGCAGCAGACGAAGGUUUGAUUUCAGUUCAAUACUUUGGGAAUCCAUCUUCAAGCGAGUCUAAUGGACCUGGGUCUGGAUCUCCAAACUUCAUAGAAUCAGUUGCUGGUUCAGAUCCUCCUAAAAAUCCAAGAAGAGCUGUGAGAUGAGCAGGGCAAAGGAGACAGCCACUAUAGGCAAGCUCGUAUUGGUGAAAGAAAUUUAUCCAGUCUUGCAGUUCUCAUGCAAGCCAUUUGACUUGCACUUUUUGUAUCAAUAGCCCUCCAAAAUCGAAGAUUGUCUGGUAAUUUAUCCCCUGCUUGUAUAGUGUUUGAAAUGGGGUGAGUUAGAUUACCGAAGAAGUUUAUUGUGGAUAAUCGGGAAAAAAAGUUUAGUUCUGCCUUUGAUAGGCUGAGCCAGUUCUGAUAAGCUGCCUCCUUACUGUAUAAUACUCCAGAAUGAAACUAUAGGAGAUUUGUUUGCCACCUGAUUUGCUAGAUUUAAAUGAACCUCGUAUCUUGUUCUGCAUA